UUAUUUCUUAUUUCAAAUUCUCAGUUCUUCUUCUUCAUUCCCUUGUUCCUGUUAUUUUCUCUAAGUUAUUUCAAUGCUCUGUUUCGUGAUACAACAAAAUAUGAUUUUCCAGUUAUGGUGAUAUAAUUAAACAAAAGAAAAGAGAAAAAAGAAAAUGGGUAGAAUUCUCAUCUUCUUGAUGGGGCUUGCUCUGUUAUGGGGAGCCAUUGCAGAAGCAGAGUACAUGAAAUAUAAAGAUCCAAAACAGCCCUUAAACGUUCGAAUAAAGGACUUAAUGAAAAGGAUGACAUUGGAGGAAAAAAUUGGCCAAAUGACUCAGAUUGAACGCAGCAAUGCAUCAGCUGAAGUCAUGAAGAAGUACUACAUUGGGAGUGUAUUGAGUGGAGGAGGGAGUGUUCCAGUUAAACAAGCUUCUGCAGAAACUUGGAUUAAAAUGGUGAAUGAAUUUCAAAAGGGUUCUUUAUCUACUAGACUUGGAAUUCCUAUGAUUUAUGGGAUUGAUGCUGUUCAUGGCCACAACAAUGUCCAUAAUGCGACAAUUUUUCCCCACAAUAUUGGCCUUGGAGCCACCAGGGAUCCUCAACUUGUUAAGAGAAUUGGGGCAGCAACUGCACUGGAAGUUAGGGCAACAGGCAUCCCUUAUGUUUUUGCACCUUGUAUUGCGGUUUGUAGAGAUCCAAGAUGGGGUAGAUGCUUUGAAAGCUACAGUGAAGAUCCAAAGAUUGUUCAAGCAAUGACUGAAAUAGUACCUGGAUUGCAAGGAGACAUUCCUUCUGGCUCUCGAAAGGGUGUUCCUUUUGUGGCUGGCAAAACAAAAGUUGCAGCUUGCGCCAAGCACUAUGUUGGCGAUGGAGGAACAAAAGAUGGGCUUAAUGCGAACAAUACAGUGGUAAGCAGGCAUGGGUUGCUCAGCAUCCACAUGCCAGGUUACUACAGCUCAAUCAUCAAGGGGGUGUCAACUAUCAUGGUUUCCCAGUCCACCUUGAACGGAAUUAAGAUGCAUGCUAAUCGCAACUGGAUCAUCGGUUAUCUCAAGAACACGAUAAGAUUUAGGGGUUUUGUAAUCUCAGAUUGGCAAGGUAUUGACUGGAUCACCACUCCACUUCAUGCUAACUACACAUAUUCCAUCCAAACAGGAAUUAGUGCUGGAAUUGACAUGAUCAUGGUUCCAUACAACUAUACAGAAUUUAUCGACGGUCUGACAGACCAAGUGAAGAAAAACAUCAUUCCUAUAAGCCGAAUUGAUGAUGCAGUAAAGAGAAUUUUGCGAGUGAAAUUCGUGAUGGGUUUAUUUGAGAACCCAUAUGCUGAUGAGAGCUUGGUGCACCAGCUUGGAAGUGAGGAACAUAGAGAACUGGCAAGGGAAGCUGUGAGGAAAUCUCUUGUUCUGCUAAAGAAUGGUAAAUAUGCUGGUAAGCCAUUGCUGCCCCUUCCCAAUAAAACAUCGAAAAUACUUGUUGCUGGCAGCCACGCAGACAAUCUCGGUUAUCAGUGUGGUGGAUGGACAAUUGAGUGGCAAGGACUCAGUGGCAACAAUCUCACAACUGGUACCACAAUCCUUACAGCCAUUAAAAAAGCUGUUGAUCCAAGCACAAAAGUUGUCUACAGUGAAAAUCCUGAUGCGGACUUUGUCAAGUCCAACAAGUUCUCCUAUGCUAUUGUUGUAGUAGGAGAACACCCAUAUGCAGAAACACAAGGUGACAGCAGGAACCUGACAAUUCCUUAUCCUGGCCCAAAUACCAUCAAGAAUGUCUGUGAAGCUGUCAAAUGUGUUGUUAUCCUUGUAUCGGGCCGUCCUGUUGUAAUGCAGCCAUAUAUGAACUUGAUAGAUGCUCUUGUUGCUGCAUGGCUUCCUGGAACUGAAGGCCAAGGUGUUGCUGAUGUUUUAUUUGGUGACUAUGGUUUCACCGGAAAGCUUUCAUUUACAUGGUUCAAGACUGUUGAUCAGCUGCCUAUGAUUGUUGGAGAUCAACAUUACGACCCCCUCUUCCCAUUUGGAUUUGGCCUCACUACUGAACCUGCCAAGGGUUAGAUGUCCAUUUUGUGAAUCUGUAAUUUAUAACAGAUUAUUAGCUCAAAUAAAUUUGCUUCGGCUUAGAAAUUAAACCUAACUAUUAUAGUUUCA